ACAAAGUACUCGCAAACUUAAUAAACAAACAAAAUUGCAUUGCAUUGCAUUGCAUUGCAAACAAACACAAAGAUUGCUAGCUAUUUAGAAGUUAAGUUGGCGAUUUAUUUUUACAUAAUUUUUCCUUUUGCUGUAUUUUCACCAAUUAUAUCGUAAAUUUAGAUAUCUAAAAUACGUACAUAUUAGCCUAAUUUAUAUUUAAAAUUGAAUAAAAUAAGAACAAAAAUAAACAAGAUGCAGAGAGGCAAACUUGCCAAAACAAGUGGCGGAAAAAUAAUUCAUAAGAACUCCAAAACAGUUUUACAUGACAUAGAAGUUCCUCUGCGAGUUUCAGAACAAAGAAGGAGCGUAACAAAACUUUCUGGAAAAGAGCCCGUCAAAAAUACAAAACCAUGCUCCUCGACUGAUGAUUUAAAACCAACAAAAAAUUUAAAGAAAACUUCGAAAGUAUCUAAGUCGUUACAUACUCCUCAGUUAAACACAGUAUAUAAUUUAGUGGAUAGAAUGGGCCAAAUAAAUUUGGACGCAAAUAGUAAAAUAAAUUUGAGUCCAAAUUCCAAAAUCGUUAUGACACAGAAGACAGCAAAACUAUUAAAUUUUCCUUAUGACCAGCCCGUUUACACAGAUCUUAUUCCUAUUGAGGAUAACGAUGACUUAACUCCGGAUUAUACCAAUAUUAUGAAAAAUAGAAAAUUAAUUAGAGAGAAAUAUGUGAAUUCUGAAAAAAAAUGUGACCCAGUCCCUAAGCUAAAAGAUUUUUUAUCACCUGGAAAAAAAAUUGAAGUUGAAUUUCCUUUAUAUACUAAGCAAUGCGUCAUUAAGCCUCCAAAUAUUGAUGCUUCUAAUAUUGUCCGAGAAAUCGUUACAGAUCAUCCUUCGUGGAAUAUUUCCAAAUCCACAAUAUCAUUGACCUGA